CCCUACACGGACUUGCUGCUGAUCAUAAUGGCUUUCGAGCUGGACCUCAAAAGCUACCUGGCGGGGCUGGCGACGCCCCUGCUGCUUGCCGCGGGGUACAAGCUCUGUAAAGCUCUGGCAGCGGCGCAGCGAUGCAUCGUGGACGACAGACCACACUCGCAGGGCCUCAAGGUGGUCAUCACCGGCUCGACCCGCGGGCUGGGCCUGCACCUGGCCCGCCAGUUUUUGUCGCUGGGCGACGACGUGGUCAUCACCAGCCGCUCAGCGGCGGCGGUGGCAGAGGCGGCCCGCAAGCUGCGGGACGAGUUCCCCGGCUGCCAGGUGGUGGGCCUGGCGGCGGACGCCUCCAAGCCCGGGGACGUGGAGCGCCUGGCCAGCAAGGCGGUGGAGGAGCUGGGACAGAUUGACAUCUGGGUCCAGAGUGCGGCGCUGUCUGCUCCCGUCAAGACGCCCGUCUCCUCCUCCAGCCCCGCAGAGCUGACCGCCGUCGUGGACACCAACCUGGGGGGCGCGCUGCUGGGGGCGCGCGCCGCCAUCUCGCGCAUGGCCACCCAGCCCGCAGGCGGCAAGUUCUUCCUGGUGGAUGGAAGCGGCAGCUGGGGCAACCCCACCCCUGGCAACGCGGCCUACGGCGCCACCAAGCGCGCGCUGGUGCAGCUCAAGGACAGCCUGGCGGCGGAGGUGCAGGGCAGCGGCGUGGCGGUGCACCUGUUCAGCCCGGGCAUGGUUGCCACCGACAUGCUGAUGCGCUACGCAGACAACCCGCGGUCGGCCCGCAUGAUCAACAUUCUCGCCGAGGACCCGGCGGUGGUGGCCGGCUGGCUGGUGCCCCGCCUCAGGGGCGUCCAAGGCAACGGCAGCUACAGCAUCAGGUACCUCACCAUGCCGGGCGUGCUGUGGCGCUUUGCCACCGCCUCCAAGCGGCGCAACCGGUUUGUGCCAGAGGGCAACGCUGUGGGCACCAGCUCCGCGGGCUACCAGCGGCUGCCGCAGGGGGGCUAAGGCGGCGGGCAUGCGGCGGCGGCAGCAGGCACGCUGCUGCCUCGGCUGCCGCUCCGGUGUGCACCUGACCUGUGUGGUGCCCCUCCUCACUUCCUGGGGCCCUGGGUGCGGCACGAGCAGCCGCAGUCUGGCCCGCAGGUGCACCCUGCCACGCCGCAGCUGCACCCGUUCUUGCAGCGGUUGCACGGCUCGGGAUCCAUCCUUGUUUGCGUGCCUGGGGCUUCGUACACAUACUUGUAGCACCACAGAUGCUUUGUAACAUCAAGGCCACC